GCUGUAGUCGGGUUUUGUUUACCUUUUUAGGUUAGUUUAUACGGUGAAGUGCGAAUUUCGUGGUUAUGUUAAAGAAUAUUUAGAAUACUUUACAAUUAGUUUAAUUGAAUUGUGCUUAUUGAAAUAUAUCACAUUUCAAGAAGAGAAGAAACUAUCCCGCAACAAGUUUUGAUAUAAUAUAAUAGUUUCAAUACAUCAAACAAAGUGCUAAAUACUGUUGAAAACAAAAUAUUAAUAAUUUUUAAUUUUAAGUAUAAAUUAAUGUUAACUCUAUAAUGAAAAAUAUACCAUUUAGCCUAUAAAUACUAACACACUGAAAUCUCUAGCAUAAAAAUGAUAUCAAUAGCAACAGGUUGUGUCUUACAAAAGACAAAUAAUAUUUUAGUAAAUAAAGUAAUAAUAGGGAGCCUAGUAUUCUGUCAAAACUUUGCUGGCAGUUGUAUAGCACUAUCAGAGACAGUACCUAAACCAGUGAUUCAUUCAAAAUGGCAUGAACCGCUUGGUCAUGAUUCUGAUAUAUUAAUAUACAAUCCUCUCAUUAAACAGAAGUCCAAGUUGUUAUUGCAGGUUGAAAACACAAUCAAAUGGUACAGCUGUGGUCCAACAGUUUACGACUCUGCUCACAUCGGACAUGCUUCAUGUUAUGUGAAACUUGACAUCAUAAGGAGAAUACUGACUAGUGUGUUCAACUUGGACGUCUUCUAUCUAAUGGGAAUCACAGAUAUUGACGAUAAAAUCAUUUUGCGGUCAAACGAAGCAAAAGAAGAUUUCCACAGCUUGGCUGAAAGAUAUAAGGUUGAAUUUUUCAACGACUUGGAGAAGCUGAAUGUUCUGCCACCUACAAUGACGGUGAAAGUAUCCGACCACAUUCCAGAUAUUAUAUCUUUCAUUGAGAAAAUCCUGGAAAAAGGUCACGCAUAUGUGGCACCAUCAGGCUCUGUGUACUUCGCGGUGGAGGGAUUUCCCAGCUAUGGAAAACUUCGCCCUCCCCAGCUCAGUGAGAGUCCAGAGAAGCCCAAUCCGGAGAAGAGGAGCCCACUGGACUUUACUCUUUGGAAGGCUGCCAAGGCCGGAGAGCCCCGCUGGGAUAGUCCCUGGGCGCCAGGGCGUCCCGGAUGGCACAUAGAAUGCUCAGCUAUGGCCAGUAAAGUGCUAGGGCCCAGGCUGGACAUACAUUCCGGUGGCCAGGACCUGGUGUUCCCUCACCACCAGAACGAAGAGGCGCAGAGCUGUGCCUACCACAACACCUCCCAGUGGGUCAACUACUGGCUGCACACAGGUCACUUAAGUGUGAAAGGAGACGUGAAGAUGUCGAAGUCUCUGAAGAACACAGUCAGCAUUUCACAGCUACUGGAGAAAUACUCCAGCAACCACUUCCGUAUGUUGUGCCUUCUCUCCCCAUAUAGAAAUAGUAUAGAAUACUCGGAAGAGACCAUGGGAACAGCUGUGGGCAACUGCCGCAGGGUUGAGUCAUUCCUGGAUGAGUGUGAACUCUACCUGUCGGGUGUCAAGCGGACAGGGGCUGUUGACGAAGUCGCUGUCGUCAAGCUGGUCCAAGAUGCUAAAACUGCAGUGAGGAGACAUUUGGCAGACGACUUUGACACCUCUAGAGCUAUGGAUGAGGUGUUGCGGUUAGUUUCUGCCAUCAACACAAUGCUGGGCAGUCCAUCGUCGGGGUUGACAUCGCACAGUGUGGUGGCCGUAGCAUCUGCUUCGAACUUCGUCAAGAACACUCUGACUCAACUUGGCUUCUCCCUCAAAUCAGACCAGAGUGGACGGGAGGACGUGAGAAAACUGACCUCGGUUCUGGACGCAACUGUGGCAUUCCGCUCGUCGGUGCGUGAAGUGGCGCUGCACCCCGAGAUGGUGAAGCCACGCCGCGCACAGCUGCUGAAAGCUUGCGAUACGCUGCGCAUGUCUCUCUCUGAGACUGGAGUCGAGGUCAAGGACCACAAGUCCCAGAAGUCCACGUGGAGGCUGAUAGAUGUUGUCCAGUCCGAUACUAAGACUGAUUAGUAAUUCUUGUAACUUUAUUGGUAAUAAAAGUUGUUUUUUUAUUUUCA